GGAUGACAUCGGCGAUCUAGAAUUCGGCCAUGGCAUCUCAACAUGUUAUCGGAGAUACACCCUUCUGCAUCAGCCACUAAUUUGCGGGCAGAACAGCAAUUACUUGAAUCCUGCUACCACAUACUUUGAUCGCACAACUACACGACUUUAACCUUUGCAGCACAUCACAUUCACAAUGGCGACAGACGAUAUCCAGAUACCACAGUACGUGGGCCUCUCAGAAGCACCCCGCGAUGUCGAAGCUAUCAAGAAGCAAGAAAAGGCCGCUCUGCUGCCGCACUGGGAUUCUGGCAUCGCGUUCAAGCUCGGCUACAACCUCCGCACACGCCUGCUUACUUUUGAGCGACCGGCUGUUGUAGACAUUUCUACCAUUAGCACGCCAGGCCAUGUGCUUUUCCACGCCGUAACACACUCCGGCACGGCCCUAGACAACGACUUCUGGGUCAGCCGCAAACGCGCAGCCGUCAUCCGCUUCAACGCAAGCACAUGGCGUCUGCAGAACCAAUUCGAGGGCGAUGAGGAGAAGUUCAAGGCCAAGAUGGGAUUGGGCGAGACGGCGAAAGACUAUGCUAUCCAUGGUGGCGGCGUGCCGAUUUACAUCAAGAACUGUGAUGGGCCGGUUGCGGUGGUUGUUGUGAGUGGGUUGAAGCAGUGGGAUGAUCAUCAGGUCGUGGUUGAGGAGUUGGGUAAGCUUUGUAAGGAGAUGGAGAGUGGGCAUGGGGGUACGCCGAUCUAGGGGGAGAGGGCUAUAUAAGUAGAGCUGAUUUGGACCGAGUCUUCCUUCCACCAUCUACUCAAUUCUACCAUUUUCCAAAA